CCUUGGUCAUACAAGCCACUGCCAAAGAUCUUCUUCAACCAAAACCUUUCCAAUUGUUUUUUUCCCUCUGCAACUCUUUUCCUGAUUCAUGAUAUUGUUAGAUAAAGCUUGCAAAAGUAGUUUAAUGUUGGUUUUAUAGAUCCACCCACCACCCUGCUGGAUUGUUAAAACUCCCAAAAGCAUUUUUCAGUUGAUCAAUUCUCUUCGAUCGCUCGCUUGUUGGAAUAAUCAGGUAGGGUUCAUUUUCAAGAAUCAGGCUUGGACCCACCUGUGGCAAACUGCUGCAAUACUUAUCCAUCAAUUAUCAUCUCAUUUUGAGUGCAAACAGGUCAAUUGGUAUUGCUAUAUCAAUCAUCAAAGAGCCGUAGCUUCACAGCUUUCAUCAGAAAAUGGUGAUUACGGAAUCUGAGAUUGGCGAGGUUGAGUCAUCGUUGCAGGUGGAUCAGCAGCAGAAGAACCACCCUUUCUCGUCCCUUGGAAGGCAAUCCUCAAUCUAUUCCCUCACUCUUGAUGAGUUCCAGCAAACGUUGUGUGAGGAUGGGAAGAACUUCGGGUCCAUGAACAUGGACGAGUUCAUUACCAGCAUCUGGAACGCUGAAGAAAACCAAGCUAUCAACUCCAACAUUAACAAUCAGCAGAGCAACUGUGCAAAUAAACAAGUUACCAGCCAUGUUCAUUUGUUGUUGAAUGAAACAACAAGCAAUAAAGGCAUAGCUAAGCAGCCUAGCCUGCCAAGGCAAGGCUCGCUUACGCUUCCUGCACCGCUAUGUAGGAAGACUGUUGAUGAAGUUUGGUCUGAGAUGCAUAAAGGGCAGGAAGGACAAGGACAGAGCAACAAUAGCAAUGUAGAGAAUGCUGAGAAUGGAACCCGGCAGCCAACUUUUGGGGAGAUGACCUUGGAGGAUUUCUUGAUUAAGGCAGGGGUAGUAAGGGAAAAAUGCAUUCUACCAGCACCGCCUCCGCAGCACCAGCGGCAAUAUGGGUUGUAUCAGACUGGCAAUAACGCUGCGGGGUGUCCAGGGUUUGUUUCCAGGCCUAUUGUGGGAGUGGGUAGCAAUGGUGGCUUUGGUGUGAGUGCAUACCAGACAAUGCCUCCAGGUGGAGUCAUCGGUGAUUCAUCUGGGUAUGUUAACGAUGGUAAGAGGGGUAGUGGCUAUCAGCCAACUGCUCCGCCACCAACGACAGUUUGUUAUAGAGGGAAGGUAGCUGCUGCUGGUGCCUAUGUACCUGGACAGGCAAUGGGAGUGGUGUCACCAAUGAGUCCAGUAUCAUCAGAAGGGAUGUGUAACAGUCAAGUUGAUAAUGCUGCUAAUCAAUUUGGGAUGGAUAUGGGCGGACUAAGGGGAAGGAAAAGGAUCAUUGAUGGUCCAAUAGAGAAGGUGGUUGAGAGAAGGCAACGCAGGAUGAUUAAGAAUAGGGAGUCAGCUGCAAGGUCUAGAGCUAGAAAACAGGCGUAUACAGUCGAGCUAGAAGCAGAAUUGAACCAAUUGAAACAAGAGAAUGCCCAUCUUAAGCAGGCUCUGGGAGAACUCGAGAGGAGAAGGAUGCAACAGUACUUUGAGGAAAGGGAAAUGAAAACACAAACCGAAUCCCAAAAAGCUAAAGAGAAACUAAGAAUACUGAGAAGAACUCUGAGUUGUCCAUUGUAAAGCAAAAGGGGGUGAAUUAGGUAAACUAUUGAGGAGUUGUUCGUCAUUUUAUCAUCAUCAUCUCGCAAUCGCAUCACUUGCAUUGUUUACGCAAACAAAUCCAUGGGAUUUUCAGGCAUUGGUGAUGGAAGCUCCAGGACCAAUGGCCUAAAAGCUAGAGAGGGGAAGAGUCUGAAAUGAAGAAAAUUUGAGCACCUCAACUCUGAAGGGCAUCUAAGAGAAGGAAGACUUUCCGAAAUUCUUAUAAAUAAUCAAAUUCUGAAGUCUAAAUUUGCUUUUAGUGCUACAGAGGUCUGUAGCUCAGACAUAGGCAUGUCAUUAAUUGUUUUGGUAUAUCUCAGUCUCCUUUGUAAAAUUUGGCCCAAAGUUUCCCGAGGGCGGUCAAUUAUUUAAUAACUAUGAUUUCCAUGUGUUAUCAUUGAA